AUGUCUUCUCGAUACUCUGCGGCGCGCCCCAAGCGAGCGGGCGAGAACUUUGCCCGAACGCACUACAGCAACGAGGAGGACACAAAGCGAGUCAAGUUUGAUGUUCGCAAUCCAUCCAUCUUGGCGCCAGACGCGCGGGAAGACGAUGCGGUUCUCGACGCCGACGUCAUCGGCGGCAGCGGCGCCACGAAACGAGGUGCCGUGAAUCUCGAUGGCUACGACAGUGAUUCGGACAAUGAGAAUUUCAACGCGCGGGCAGGGACCCGCAAGAAGGGAAACGUCAAUAUCCUGGAGCAGCUGGACAACUACGAUGCAAAAGGAAGCAGCAACCAGGAACAGUCGGGCGGAGCGAUCAACGAAGAUGAUGACGACGACGACAUGUUCGCGGCCGAAAACGAUGACGAGAAAGGAAAAGAAGAAGUGAAUGGCGAGGAUGAAAACUUUGAAAAGUCUGGCAGGAAGAAGAAGGAUGUCAAGUUUCUCGAUGAUGCCCAGAUUCAAGGCGAAGAAAAAAAGAGUAAAAGUCGUGGUGCUAUCCGCCUGGACGAGCGUGAAAGCAGCGAUGAUGAGGAUGAUCUGGAGCUUGCGAUCCAGGAAGAAGGAGUGGAUGAAGAGGUGGGAGCGGGCGGCCUAAAACGCAACGCACCAAAAGUCGAAGCCUUCAACCUCAGAGAGGAGAUGGAGGAGGGACGCUUUGAUCAAGACGGCAACUACGUUCGAAAGGCUAAUGAUCCCGAUGCUAUGCAUGAUAGCUGGCUCGAAGGCUUCAGCAAGAAGGAAAUGAAAAAGGCGGCGGCAGCGCACGAAAAGCGCGAGGCCGAAGCUCGGGAGAGACGCAUCCAGGAAGAUGAAGUCUUGGUCUCGGAGCUGCUGGCAACGUUGAUCCGGAGGCUAGAGAAAACCGAGACACCCUUGGAAGCCCUGGCACGAUUGGGCAAAGACAAGACGAAGACCAAAAAGAUCCCCAAGUGGAAGCUCAAGAAGAUGAACAAGGGUGCAGAAGCUAUGGAAACAGAUCAAGAGGCGGCAGUCGACCCAAAACAAGCCGAGGUUAAGCAAGCAAUCGACGCCAUUACGGAUGCGGCCGACAAACUACUAAGCCGUGGACGCGAGGAAAUCUACGAUCAAGAGAGAGAGCUGCUGGUUCGUGAAUAUCGACGUGAGACUGGAGAAGAUUGGGUCGAUACCAAGGUGGAAGAAGCCCCGUCGUCUGCCACCGCUGAUGCUGAAUCUGUUCCGGCUAGUGACACCAUGUGGGAGUUUAGGUGGACGGAUGGUCGAGACGAUGCUGCAAAGCAAGGUCCUUUUGAUGGCCCCACGAUGAAAGCUUGGCAGGAUGCUGGAUACUUUGGCCAAGGCGUCGAGUUCCGGGCUGUUGGCGGAGCUGGAGGUGAGGUGGGAACAUGGAACGUCGACAAGCAGCAUCUCGUUGGUCCCCUUAGGGCAGUCAACGCUCUGCACGUCCGUCCCGGCGCCUCUGCCGCGGCUAAAGAAGGGCACGGUACUGGGCAGACGAGAAUGCAACCGCAGAUGGUUCCUGGAACUCCCGAUCUCAACGGGGCCGGACGGGCUGCCCAUGGGGCGAUCUGGGGUCGCAGGCUUCUCCAAGAUCCCACAAGCCGUAACGCUCCGGCGCUUGUAUUCCGCAACGGCCCUAGGGAAGCGCGAUGGCAGCCGAGCUUUGCCGCCUGGAUGCAGCAGAAUGCAGGGGCCGUUGCGUUUACGGUUGGGCAUGUACGAGUAGCACAUAGCAGACCUGUAGAUGUAAAGGUUAAGAAAAUGAGGGCAUCGCCAACUUCCCGCGUGAACUCGACACCCGACCGCAUCAACAGGCAUUUAGUUCCUUACAAAUGCCAAUUACGAGACGUGACUACUGUUUUGGGAAACGGCGCAAUGAGCGAUUUCCAUUAUUCACCACUUGCAAUUCGCACACGCCACCGUUGCCCUUAUCAUGCCGUAUCAAGUCUAUAUCCGCGUACCCACGGGGGAAAAAAAUUGCGUAUCACUGAGCCAGGCGCGGCCACGGGGUGCGGCAGCCUCUGUUCAAAGGGCGACGUUGGAUCAUUCUCCCACAGCCGCCGUGGCCGCUGCCCGAGAGCGGCCUCGCUGUGACAUAGUGAUCCGUGUUGAGUCCUUGGCUUGUUGAUGGAUUUGGCCCCCCUCUGGCAGUCUAACAGCCAACAAAAAAAAUAAUACGGCCGCGGCAGCACCGGUGAAACGUGGGAUGGGCUCAGCUCUGGGCCGUGGCCAUGAGCAUGAGCGGAUGGCGGCAUCAUGUCAGAUG